UUGCAUCCAUCAGCUGUUGAGGAAAUGUGAGUGAAUAUCAGAAACGAACUCCAAGAACAGAGUGAGUCUGAGGCCAUCCUCGUCGUACAGCAAUCCAUCCAUCCUCCAGCCAGCCAGUCCCACCAACCGUUAGUUGGUUACCUCUCCAUCGCGCCCUCCUUUAAUUCCUCGUCAAUCCAACUGAGGCUACCCCGUGGUCUGGGCGUAAAUCCAUUGCUGACCGCCACCGAGAGACAGACAGAUCAAAAUGUCGUCCGAUACGGCCAUGGAUACUGGUGAUGCUGGUGGUGGGGGCCGGUUCGGCGGGUGCGAAGGCCCAGAUGCCAUGUACGUCAAGCUCAUCUCCUCGGACGGGCAUGAGUUCAUCGUGAAGCGCGAGCACGCCCUCACAUCGGGCACGAUCAAAGCCAUGUUGUCGGGCCCUGGGCAGUUCUCGGAGAACGAGACCAACGAGGUCAACUUCCGCGAGAUCCCCUCUCACGUGCUCCAAAAGGUGUGCAUGUACUUCACUUACAAGGUGCGCUAUACCAACAGUUCGACCGAGAUCCCCGAGUUUCCCAUUCUGCCCGAGAUCGCAUUGGAACUCCUCAUGGCGGCCAACUUCUUGGACUGUUAGUGUAGCGAACCCCAAACCACUCCCUUCCUCGACAGCCUACUCGAAGUUUACAGCGCUCACCUUCAAAUUAGCCAAGAUGGACUCACUACUGGAGGAUGAGGAUCUUUGUCCGAUAUUUAUCUAACCUUUUUUUUUUGACCAUCGCCGGGGUUGAUUUGCGACUAAAAGUGAAUGAAUAAAAUGAUUUAGACUAGCCAAAACUGGAAGAAA